UGUCUGAUAGGUGAGAGGCGGGAUUGGCCGGCGCCGCGAGGCCGCGGGACGGGAUUGGCUGCGCUCCCUCUUCGUCCUGAGCCUGUGCGUGCCGCGGCUGCCGCUCUCCUGUCGGCCUUUGGCUUAGGGAAGCGGCAAUGGGUCAGGAAGCUGGAAAGCCCACAUGGCCUAAACCAGCAGGAGGGUAUCAGACAAUUACAGGCAGAAGAUAUGGAAGAAGGCAUGCCUAUGUCAGUUUUAGACCAUCUUUGACGAACCAAGAGAGAAAUUCGAGCCAACACGAUGGAGAAUGUGAAGGAUUAGAAUUAGAUGAUGUUCAGAAAGAAAGUUCUUUGUGUUCCAGUCCACCAGCCCAAGUAUGUUCUACUUUGGCAGACAUACCAUUGUUAGCAAAUGUUGGAUCGAAGCACCCCAUUAGUCAAGCUGAACCAAGCCAAGCAAUCAACACAGAUACAUCUACAUUUUCUCCAGCAUGUUACAAUUUGGGAGACAGCCAAACUGUGGGUAACAAUGUAAAUUCUAAUAGUUGUGCAGAGUAUGCUUCUGGAGAGCACACAAACCUUAAUGGCCAAAAUGGAAUUGCUUUUGUAAACAUUGACUCUUACGAGCCAGAUAGCAGUGAUGGAGAAGAAGAGGCUGACCAACAUAUUUCAUUAGGUAAAGAAGAAGCAGGCAUUUUUCAAGAGACACUGGACACUAUGCUUUCUGAGUUGGACAAAGGAGUAGAAUCCUAUAGUGAUAUGCGACCACACCUGUCCAGUUUUGGCCAUAAUGCAUCAAGUAAAAGUUUUGAAGACCUAAGACCAGUGCCUUUCAAGAGAUGCUCUAGCAUAGAAUCAGAUAUUGCUCACCAAAAUAAGUCACUUCUGAAAACAUCUAGUGAAGAAGUAUCUCCAAUAAAAAAUAUCCUUUGUACCAGUUGUGACAUGGAUCAGCAAAAAAAUGCACCUGAUUCUACAAUUAGGACACAGGUAGGGAUUUGUAAUGCAUUAAGUACUAGUACCAAGACUGAUCAAGAAAAUUCAUCUGAACUGGUAGUAAGGCCCAAAGUUAGAAAACAACAUUCUGUGAGCCAGUUGGACAGGAACCACUCUAUUACAAAUGAAGAGGACAAAAAGAGUAGUACUACAAAGUGGAGUGAGAAUGUGGAUGUCCAACAGCACAAUGUGGAAUGUAUCUGGAAACACAGCAAAGAAAAGAACAACUCUAGUAUGUUUUUUGACCCAAGAGAUUAUGAAGGAGUUCAAAAUAAAAUAAAAAGUGAACUAAGGAAACAAAAUGGAAUCCUUCAAGACAAAAGUAAAGCAGAUGAUAGUGCUUUCUGGGAUGAAUUUGAAGACUGUGGCAGAAAUCUGUCUUCCAUCAAAGAUGAAGAUGAAGACAGCUCUGAAUGCAGUGAUGGUGAAUGGUCUGCCUCUCUGCCUUCCUAUUUUGCCGUGACUGUGAAAGAUCAGUCCUCUAGUGAUGAGAGCUGGGAGACUCUUCCUGGAAAGGAGGAACCAGAACCUGAAGUGCAGAGUGACAGUAGUGCUGUGGAUGAAGAACAUAAUGAGUAUGGUUUCCAAGCAGGGGAACCAAUCUCUCUGGAGGAUGGUGAGAUUCCUUGGUUGCAGUAUCAUGAAGAAAUUGAAAGUAGCAGUGAUGAAGAAAAUGAUCAAGUGAGCCAUUUUGUGCAUCCGGGCUUUUUCAUGUUGGAUGGAAACAACAACCUCGAGGAUGAUUCCAGUAUGAGUGAAGACUUGGAUGUGGAAUGGAGGCUACUUGAUGAAUUUGGUGAUGGUCUAGGUGUUGCACAAGCCAUUUCUUAUGUGGAUCCCCAGUUCCUUACAUAUAUGGCCCUGGAAGAACGACUGGCACAGGCCAUGGAGGUAACAAGCAUGUUCAUGGAAAUGACUUAUCAGCGUCUACAGACUGCUCUGGCACAUCUGGAGUCUCUUGCAAUCGAUGUUGAGCAAGCUCAUCCACCAGCUAGUAGAGAAAGCAUAGACUGUCUCCCACAAAUUAUUAUUACCGAAGAUCACAAUGCUGUAGGUCAGGAGCAGUGCUGUGCGAUCUGCUGCAGUGAGUACAUCAAAGAAGAAACUGUAACGGAGCUUCCAUGCCACCACUUCUUUCAUAAGCCGUGCAUAACGCUAUGGUUACAGAAGUCAGGAACGUGCCCUGUGUGCCGUCAUGUGCUUGCGCCCGUGCUUCCAGAGGCAGCCACGCCUACAGUCACCUUCUUGCCUGAUCACGAUUCUGCUCCUUCGGUUCACAAUACUUCAGGAUCACAAUAAAAUGAACACCUGAAAAGAAUUUGGCCCGUCAAAUUUAUUGUAAAUUUCUCCUGUUUAAUUACAAUGUGAAAUCGGUUUAUAUGUAAGUAUAUAUAAAUAUAAAUAUUAAAACACUUUAAAGUAUAUAUUAGUUUAGAAAGAGACUGUAUGAGCUUUCCAAAUGUAUGAGCUUUACUGUAUGAAUUAGAAUUAUCAGAAUGAAAGGUGUAAAAGAUUGCACUAGUUUUCUGCAGUAAAACUUAUCAUUGUUAACUAAUGUCUAAUGCUUAUAAUAAGUUUGUCUGAACGAUGAUCAUUAAUGUGGCACUUAACAUUCAAUGCAACUGCAGUGCAGUUGGAGCUUACAAAAGUUAUGCGUAUAACCUGUUUUACAUUAUAUAAUAUUUGAGGCUUGUGUUGUUCCUUUUUGUUUUAAAAUAGUGCCACUUAAUUCCUUUGUACAUAGCUCUUUCAUAUUUGCAUCAAAUGUGAAGAUGUUCGGUGAUCACAGCAGUAGUAUUCUUUGGUUUCACUGGAAAUAAACAGCAUAAAAGAAAAA